AUGGGCAGUAAGAUUAUCUUUCUAGGACUCAUUGCUGUAUCUUGCUAUGUUGCCUCAGCUGCUGAUCCGAGUCCCCUUCAAGAUUUUUGUGUAGCAGACCAAAAUAGCACAGACCCGAAGGUUGUUGAAGCAAAUGAUUUCUUCUUCACUGGCCUUCACUUAAGGGGCAACACGUCCAAUCGUUUUGGUUUAAGGCCGACCCCAGUCACAGUAGCUCAAGUACCGGGACUUAACACUCUUGGCAUCUCCAUAUUCCGUGUAGACUUCGCCCCGUUUGGUGUUACCCCUCCUCACACCCACCCGAGGGCUAGUGAAGUCGUCCUGGUUUUGAAAGGCCAACUUGAAGUUGGGUUUGUCGCAUCCAAUCCCGAAAACCGUCCUAUCACAAAAGUAAUUGGUAUGGGUGAUAUGUUGGCAAUCCCAUUCGGUCUUACCCACUUCCAACGCAAUAUUAGAAAUGGAACAGCUGUUAUCCUCGCGGUUUUUAAUAGCCAGACGCCAGGUAUCAUCUUGAUGGCAAAUUCAGUGUUUGGUUCAAAGCCGGAUAUUUCCAAUGAUGUUCUUCAGAAGGCUUUUCAAGUUGAUCAAAAUGUUAUUAGUCAACUCCAGAAUCAGUUUUAG